AUGGGUCAUUUGGGCGACUACAGAAGGAAGCCACAUCUCUGCCUUUUUGCACUGAAGGAAAUUGCGGCAGGAAGUGAAAUUACUUAUGACUAUGGUGGGAAAGAAUGGCCCUGGCGGAAAAAGCUAAAGAUCGCAAGCAUCCCUUCUGGUCAACAGUGUGUUGCAGAGCCUAUUGCCCAUGACGUGGAGCACCAUGUGAUCUCUACAGACUCAUUCACAGACAGAGAAUUAAGAGCAGAGUGUCAGUCAUCUAGACCUACAGCAGACAACUCUGAGCAUGAGGUGCAUUCUGUUGGAGGUCAGCGUGGCACUUCUUCUCUGAAAGAGUUAAUUGGUGAAGUUGGUGUCCAGUAUCAGGAGUUGUCACCCCAAGCGUUCUCAGAAGAACUUACCAGUGAGAGCAAAUCGAAAGAGGUGCCACAAUCAUCCAGAGCUGUGCCUAAUGACUCUGCUUGUGAGUGUACAAUUCAUAGGCUGGUAUUUGAAUCGGUGAAACUUGACAAAUGUGGGAUAUGCCAUUCACCUUUGACAGCUAUCAGAUGGCACGGUCUAAGAUGCAAGCAAUGCUGUUGUGUGUGGCAUAAGAUCUGCCUCCAGACAUCUUCAGAAGACUGGGAUAUGUCCGACGGUGAUGUCUCAUCUGAUGAAGAAUACAUCCCAAAUUCUGCAUCAGAUUCAGAAAGCUCAGGAACAGAGUUGUCUAUUGAGUUACCUGGACCAUCAAAAACUCCCAUGCUGCUAGCAUGCCUGAUUUAUGCGUUACUUUUGCUGAAAAGAACAGACCAUGGAUGUUAA